GUCGCCGAAACACCAACCGUCCUGCUUUGUUGCAACAGCAUUCCAGUAUAAAUCGUCCAUACUAUACUUCUUCGAUUCAUUCUCAUCAAUUUCCCUAGACAUAUUGUUCAUUAUAUCGAGUUCUUCUAGCCUACCAGUCCAUCUUAUCCUUGAUCAACCUAGUAUCUAGAGGUACCUCCCUGCCAACACCCGACCGUUUAACUCGUCCGUUGUCGUUAUCGCAGGAGCGUCCAAGCUUCACGGCAAUCUACCAUUGCUCGUCUGCCUGCGAUCAUUCAUCCACUCAUUGCCCAUUUCAGUCUUUACACUUCAUUCAUGAGGGCUUGAGAACCGAAUCCAGCACAAUCAUUUCGACAUGUCGUCUUCCGACUUCGAAACCGAGCGGUCCCCUCUGCUCGCGGCGUCGACAAGCAGUAGGGAUACCAAAACACUGGCCGAUUUAACCGAUGGAGCACUCGAAUCUACGCCUCUGCUUUCGACGUCCAACACAACACCACGCCAUGACGGACGCGAUGAUCCAGACAGAGCUUCUUUGGUCUCGGCUGGGGCUUCUCAUUCUGGAGAUGGAGUAGCACCAGCGCGGUCGACCACGAAGUCGACGCGAUGGCCCUCCAUUAUCGCCGCGCUAUUGUUGAUGGGGCUCGCAGCCUCCAUCGCUAUUGGCGCUUUUUUUGUUCCAGCUGCGGUUGAGAAAUAUGCCAAGGAGGCCAUCGUCAUCGAGCCGACAAACUUGGCGCUCGAGUCUAUCACUACCGAUGGCGUCCGUGCGCGAAUCCAAGCAAACUUCCGUCUUGAUGCUCAGCGUGUCAAGAAUGUCCAUAUUAGACGAGUCGGCCAGUUCACCACGUGGCUGGCUAAAGAGCUGGCAACAGAGGAGACGAGGGUCAAGGUUUACUGGAUUGAUCACGAUAACAUGUUGCUCGGAACUGCUGGCCUCCCUCCCUUGACGAUUGCCAUCGCGAAUGGCCACAAUACUGAGCUUGAUAUCGUUGCCGAUUUGGCUCCUGGUGAUGCCGAUACCAUUCGGACCAUUGCGAAUCAGUUCUUGGGCGGGAAAAUGGAUACAGUUCGUGUACGGGGAAUAACGGAGAUCACGGUCAAGACAAGAUUCAACAUUCCCUUGGGAACGCACGCUGUUUCGGAAACAAUGGAGUUUGAAGGCAAGGAAUUGCCCCCGCUCCCCUCCUACAACAUUACCGGUCUUAAUUUUGAAGAGAGGCCCUUACCCGGCGAUGAUAGGCAGGGAAUGGCAGCCGACGUUACCGUCACCACCUUCAACCCUUAUCCAGUUGCUUUUGACGUACCCGCGCUCAAGUUCGAGGUCUCGGUUCCGGGAUGCAAGAAGCAUGGCCCGGCCAUUUCUGUCGCCACCGCCCUAACCGAUGUCAUUGCUCUUAGGCCGGAAGCCGAUGUCAAAGUCACUGCCCAUUCCAUCGUCGAAGAAUUGCCAGAGCCUCUUACCCGUCCCUGCCCUGGUGGAACCUUGUCGCCGUUGGACAAGCUCUUUGAAGCCUACGUUGCAGGUGAGCCUGUAUCGGUUCUCGUACGAGGUCAGAAAGAUCAAGGUGGAGAGGUCCCUGGUUGGAUCGGGGAUAUCAUCUCCAGUGUUACGGUCCCUGUACCUCUUCCGCAACAAUCCUUUGACGACUUGAUUCGUAACUUCUCUUUGACGGACGUAUCAUUCUCCCUGCCAGACCCGUUGGCAGAUCCCGACGACCCCAAUUCGAACCCCAAAGUGUCGGGCACUAUCGUCGCUUUGGCAGCCCUCCCAUCGGAACUGAAUAUUGGAUUGAACGUCUCCAGUGUCAAAGCCAAAGCGGAUGUGUUUUAUGACUCCAGGAAGCUAGGCGAACUGGAAAUUGACGAGAAGGCCAGCUCCAUUCAAAUCGACGGCGGUCCCGGUGAAGAAAACUUGAUUGAGAUCACAUCACACGUUCACGAUACACCGCUCAAGGUUACCGACGAUGACGUGUUGACCGAUGUUAUUCAGGCCCUCCUUUUUGGUGACACCGAUGUCAUUCUCGACAUCAGCGCUCUUGUCGACGUUGGCGUACAUACAAUUCUUGGACAAUUUGUGGUGAAGGGUGUCCCCGCGGAGGGCAGAAUUCCGCUCAAACGUCCGUCUCUUCUCCAAUGAUACUUUGUCAGUCACCUUGCUACUGUUGGCGAUUAUGCAUCUCUUGUCGAUGCUAUCCAUCAGUCGCUCACGCAUACCUCAUGGACAUCUCAGAAAACUGACAUCUCGCUCCUUCACUAGCCCUUGGAAACGAUCUUCUCGGCUCUAUGCAGCCUCAAGUGGGAGAACUGGAAGUUGUUGACACUAGCCCAGUCUCAAUAUCUCUACAGGCGUCAGUUAACGUAACCAACCCUACUCCAUACGCGGCCUACAUUCCUUGGAUUAGCAUCAACAUUUUGAAAAAUGGAACUGUUCUCGGCGAGGCGCGUGCAAAGAGACUAACAAUCAAGCGUGGAAACAAUACAAACCUGAAAGUGACGGCACUAUGGAGGCCUUCUUUGGCCGGAGAAGAUGGCGUGCAAAUCGGCCGGGAUUUGAUUUCGCAGUACAUAUCCGGUUAUAACACAACCGUGACGCUUAGAACACAUCUGGGUACUAUUCCAUCAAAGCCAGAGCUGGGCAAAGCGCUGUCAAAAUUCAACUUUACGCUCCCAAUGCCUAGACUUAGCGUGCCUGGCGACGAUGAAGGUGGACGACACGAUGGGGACGGUAGCACCAAUGAUACGGCUCCUCACUUUAUUCGAGGCGCGACCUUUCACAUAUUCUCUUCUCAAGCCACAUUUACGUUAGCCUCGCCCUUCUCACGAAACACGAUUUAUAUCGAGCACAUCAAUGCUACAGCCCUGUACAAUCACACGGAGGAAAUCGGACGAAUCAAGUAUGAUUCACCGUUUGGUUGCCCUCCGGGGGUGUCCACCACGCCUAGGUUGCCGGUGGACUGGUCUCUGGACUCGGUUGGACGUGAUAAGGUGAAGGAAGCAUUAGGUGGUAGGCUGAAGCUUGAUGCGAAGGCUACUGUCAGUGUCAGGAUUGGAUCCUGGACAGAGACGCUGUGGUAUGUUGGAAGGGGAAUAGGAGCGAGCGUCCGCCUCUGAGAAAGACAUACGAGAGAUUUGCUUAUGGGUUGGAUUCAGGACGGUUUGCUUGCUUGAAUUUCUUGAAGUGUUAGGUUGGAAUAUUGCUGGAGUGCUCUUUGUUGGGACCUCUUCUCCAUUCCUUGUUUUUCAUCGAAUACCUGAUUUUGUCUUCUGGGUUAUGUGAAGGAGUUACUGGCGUUGUUGGGGGUUGAAUAAUUUGCAGGCACGAUUGGCAAGGGAGCAACAAGAGCACAUAGAGCGACGGGCUGCUAGUUGAUACUGUAGAUUUUACACUGUAUUUUCUCAUGAUUACAUGAUCAAGAGAAAGGGCGUACUGGAUCAGACAAUACCUUCUUUUCUGUCUUUCUGGAAAGGCUGGUUGCCGAGGCAACUGGAUCUGAAGCUGGGAAAGGGGCUGGAUCUUGGGGUGGUUUGUUGGAGAACGACAUAAUCCGCCAAAGGCCCAAGAAGCUUGGUCCUUGAAUCAUUACUACACCAUUUCGGCAUGUACAGAAACAAUCAGGAAGAAGGUAACAAUAAACGAACGGAAAUUAUU